CUGUUCAAGCAAGAGGAUAUUUUAGCUCUUCUUCAACAUGUAAAUUCAACAGACGGGAGUUUUCACCAAAAAUCUUAAAACAAUGUCAGGUUUUGAGCAGUUUCACAUCGACUUUUACCAGUCUAAUUAUACCAUAGAGGACCAGGAAGAAGGUUGCAACAGCGAUGGCUCAGACAAAAACCUCUGUGAAAGCAGAAAGAGCCAGGCAGAAGGGCAGCCUGCAGGCAGGGCGUUUGUGCCAGCAGACAUGCUGCUGUCCCCGCAGAGCUACUCGGGCCAGAUUCUGCAGCCAGCCUACAGUCCCGACGCUCCCUCUCAACUUGGUUACGUCGACGGAUUUGACGAGGAACCUCCUUUGCUGGAAGAACUUGGGAUCAAUUUUGAGCAUAUAUGGCAGAAAACAUUAACAGUUCUAAACCCAAUGAAGCCUGCAGAUGGCAGCAUUAUGAAUGAGACAGACCUCACUGGACCUAUGGUUUUCUGUUUGGCCCUUGGAGCAACAUUGCUGAUGGCAGGGAAGGUUCAUUUUGGCUAUGUGUACGGGAUGAGUGCCAUCGGGUGCCUUGCCAUGCAUGCCCUGCUGAACCUGAUGAGCACCUCGGGAGUCUCGCACGGCUGCGUCGCAAGCGUCCUGGGCUACUGCCUGCUGCCCAUGGUCAUCCUGUCCUCUGCUGCAGUUGUCUUCUCACUGCAGGGGACCCCAGGAACUGUGUUAGCUCUGUUUAUUAUUGGAUGGUGCAGUUUGUCAGCCUCCAAAAUUUUUACGUCUGCAUUGGCUAUGGAAGGACAGCAACUCCUGAUUGCAUACCCAUGUGCUUUACUUUAUGGACUUUUUGCACUUCUAACAGUUUUCUGAGAGGUAUUUUCUUGCAGUCUUCCUGCAGUCUGUUGAUGGUUGUUGGAGGGACAAGGGUUAAUUUACGUAUUUUCAGAUUGCCUAGAGUUAAGUUCCAGUAGCAAAAUUAGAUUCUAUGAUUUACUGGUCUUUUCCUAAUGGCUGAUAAUGAAAUAAAAAAUCAAGCUAACAGGUAGAUAGCCUUAAAAUAAUGGUGUUUUGACAGUA